AUCAAUAUGUCCAAAAUGUUAAAACGUCAUUUGUCAUUUUUUCAGCUGUCUUUUAAAGUUCCAGAGGUGCUUGUGCUGAUCCUGAUAGCGACACUGUGUGAGAUGGCUUCGUGUUGUUUGCGAUCAGAUACAUGUAUGCUCCGAAACAUCGAAUACUCCGAUGGUACCCUCAUCUACCCCGGUGAAGGAGGAGCGUACAAGUGCCAGAUAAUCAAAUGUGUAAAAGGGAAAUUCGCAAACGUUACAGGGGAACGGUGCAUAGACUACCGGGGCAACUGCCACCAAGCCAGAACUCUCUACAAGACAUACAUGAACACCAAACGGAUGGAAUGCUACUGUGAGGUGACCUUUAAACCCAGAUUCCAAGCAUUCUUUAACGAAAUUUAUUGCGUCCCUUGGGGAUUUUAAAAU